CGGGCUGUGCUGAAAUGAGAUAACCGGAGGAUUCGAGUUGACCGGAUUCGGGCUGAAGUUCCCGCCCGAGGCUUUAGGGCUGUGGAACAAAGGACAGUCACCAGCUGUAGGUGAGGAUUCAGAAUGGGAGACAAGCCUAUCUGGGAGCAGAUUGGGUCCAGCUUCGUACAACAUUACUACCAGCUUUUUGAUGCAGACAGGACUCAGUUAGGAGCAAUAUAUAUUGAUGCAUCAUGCCUUACGUGGGAAGGACAGCAGUUCCAGGGCAAAGCAGCUAUCGUUGAAAAACUCUCUAGCCUUCCUUUCCAAAAAAUACAACACAGCAUCACAGCACAAGACCACCAACCUACACCUGACAGCUGUAUACUCAGUAUGGUAGUGGGACAGCUUAAGGCUGAUGAAGAUCCUAUCAUGGGAUUCCACCAGAUAUUUCUAUUAAAGAACAUCAACGAUGCCUGGGUUUGCACCAAUGACAUGUUCAGGCUAGCAUUGCACAACUUUGGCUGAGCUGGCGACCCCGAGGCACCUGUUCUUUUUUCUUCUUCUCUCCUCUUACUGAUAUUAUUCACACUCACAGAACAUUCCAAAUAUCAUACACAAACCUGCAGCACUGCAGAGCGUGAGCAAGCAAGAGCUGUGACCUGCCCUUCUGCUGAGUUUACAUUGUCACUAGAUGAGUUCCUUGUGCAUGAUGUUUGGAAGUUAGUUAGCUGCAUUUGACAAGAGAAAUUUGUGUUGUACCAGCAUGCCUCGGAAAGAAUUUAAAAUGCAAAAGGUUGUUGUUUAUGUACUGACAAGAUGCUCUAUAACCCAAAGAAUUGAAAGAACAGCAGCCUGUACAGCCCAGAUACCGAUUUGUUCAGAUGUUUCAAUGCUACAUUACACAAUAAAAACAUAAGAUUUUUCUUAACA